CUUUCGAUUUAGAUGGAAAAAGAAAAACAAAAAGAGAGGAACUGAAGAGAAGACGGGGCGCGGGGAAAGAACGUAAGAGACGAAGUUGACUCUGACUGAGCUGGGUACUAGGGUUCUAUAAGAGGGACAAGGCCGCCGCCGUCGCUGACGGUCUUUCAUCACCGUCACCGAGAGAAAGAUGGCCGAGCAGGCGAUUCUCAGCUACUUGGAGACCCACGAGGAAAUAGCCGAUUCUGGCAACUUCGCUGCAGAAUGUGGGAUCGACCACGCCGAGAUUGUUAACGCCAUCAAGAGUCUUCACGGUUUUCUCUACGUCGAGUCUCAGGACAUUAAAAAGGAAACCUGGGUUCUUACUGAUGAAGGAAAAAGAUAUGCUGCUGAAGGCUCACCUGAAGCUCAACUGUUCUUGGCUGUACCAGCGGAAGGCAGCAUCGCUAAAGAUGAGCUGCAGAAAAAGUUUGACCCUGCAAUUUUCAAAAUCGGCUGUUCUCAAGCUGGGAAGAACAAAUGGGUGGAAAUGGGGAGGCAGGUCUCGAGGAAGGUAGUUCAAGUGGAGGACAAGGUGAAAGAUUUACUUUUGAAGAUACAGAAGGGACAGGUUUGCAGUUUUAUUACCUGCAGUGCCGAUAAAUGUUUGAAGACGUGGAAGGGAUAUUCUGUAAGAAAGGGACCUAGUUAUGCUCCCCAAAGAGAGAAGUUUGCGACUGAUUUGACCCGAGAAAACCUGCAGAGUGGCGACUGGAAGAAGCUGAAAUUCAAAGAGUAUAACUUCAAUGCUAAAGGUCCACCUUCUGAAUGUGGUCAUCUUCACCCACUCAAUAAGAUGAAAGACUGUAUAAAGAGAAUCUUCCGUAUGAUGGGCUUUGAGGAAAUGCCCACAAAUAGAUAUGUUGAAAGCAGCUUCUGGAACUUUGAUGCUCUGUUCCAGCCACAGCAACAUCCUGCCCGGGAUUCACAUGAUACAUUUUUCUUGAAAACUCCUUCAACAACAAUGCAGCUCCCUGAAGAUUAUGUUGAGCGAGUGAAGCAAGUUCAUGAGUCUGGUGGUUAUGGAUCACGAGGAUAUAACUAUGAGUGGAAAAGAGAAGAAGCAAACAAGAAUCUUUUGCGUACACAUACGACAGCGAUCUCUUCGAGGAUGCUUUAUAAGCUAGCACAGGACACAAAACAGAAUGGUUUCACCCCUAAAAAGUACUUCUCCAUUGACCGUGUUUUCAGAAAUGAAGCAGUAGACCGUACACAUCUUGCAGAGUUCCACCAGAUAGAAGGUCUCAUCUGUGACAGAGGGCUCACACUGGGUCACUUGAUAGGAGUCCUGGAAGACUUCUUCAAGCGUCUAGGAAUGUCAAACUUGCGCUUCAAGCCUGCCUACAAUCCAUACACUGAGCCUAGCAUGGAAAUAUUCAGUUAUCAUGAAGGAUUUGGGAAAUGGGUGGAGAUUGGGAACUCUGGAAUGUUCAGACCGGAGAUGCUUCAGCCAAUGGGUUUCCCUGAAGAUGUCAGGGUCAUUGCAUGGGGGCUUUCUCUUGAAAGACCUACGAUGAUACUGUAUGGCAUCGAUAACAUCCGAGAUCUCUUCGGGCACAGAGUGGAUCUUGACCUCAUCAAGAAGAGUCCUUUGUGCCUCAUUGGCAUUAAAUAAUAGACUUCAGCGUAUUUUCCUUCAGUUUUCUGUUCAUCAUUAUAUACAAAGCUCAUUCUUAGCUGCGAUUUGAUGCUCGACAAAGAUUCUUGUAGCUUGUUCUUGGUUUCAAAAGUUUUCAGCGUGGUUUAGUAGGUCAACUUGGUCUCGUAGUUGUUCUUGGCUGUCGAUACAGGGAUGGUGUUAACUGGUGCUGUACACAACUUGGUCUCGUAGUUGUUCGCCUUCUUGGACGUUAUGAGCCUCUUAGUAGGUCACUAUUAGUAUGUUGAGACUUGAGAGUGUUUAUAACAGUAGUUCCUAAUUCGUC